GCUGACGUUGAGCAGCGGCUGGGUAGCUUUAGUCUAUCAGUCCGCGGCUGGGAUCCUACAGUAACCGCUUCGUCGCCCCAUCUUUCUUGAGCUAAAUGACGCGGACGUGGCUCCAAAAAGCCACAGGAGUCAGCCAUUGUUGACUGUUCUGUAUUAAUCAAGAAGAAAAACCGUGUAGGAUGUGGGCACCUGGUACUGCUUCGGGAACCGAGACACAGGUGGAUUUCCCCCCAAGAAUAGCGAUGGUGAUGCGGCACGGCAGCGCCUAAAGACCGCCUCCGUCGGCGGAGCACCAUCAUUGGUAGACAAGUGUUAGCAUUAGCAGGCUAGUAUUAGCAGCCUAGCAGUAGCAGCUAACGGAACCAGCCCAUCAGUCCAUGGUGGCUCUUUUAGACGUCACCUUUGCUUUCUCCUCUCGCGACGAAGAUGUCCUACAGCUAAACUUCCUUGUGGAUAUACAAUUUCCUCCUCACGCCAUGUUCCCCAUCGAGUAUCAACGCGGACGGUCAUGACUCCUCCCAUGUUCACCAGCCGCUCCUCCACUGAGGGUCCUCUGCCUCUUUUGCGUUUCUGUCUCCUCGUCACAAGCAUGAGAUAAUAAAGCCCUCCAGCUCUUGCACGUCGCCACAAACGACGCCCGCGGUCCUUGCGAAGACGCCGCCCCCCCACACCUAUCCAUCCCCGCACCCGCUAUCCCCCGUCAUUGCCGCCUCGCUGACCCGCCCCUAGCAGCCUCACCAUGACCACGCCGGCGCUCCUGCCGCUGUCGGGCCGCAGGAUACCCACGCUGUCGCCGGGCGCCUCCUCCUUCCCGCACCACCGAGCCACCUUGAGGCUCUCAGAGAAGUUCAUCCUCCUGCUCAUCCUCAGUGCCUUCAUUACGCUGUGCUUCGGCGCCUUCUUCUUCCUGCCCGACAACUCCAAACACAAGCGCUUCGACCUGGGCUUGGAGGACGUGCUCAUCCCUCACAUCGACUCGCCCAAGGAGGGCAAGCACGUCUCGGGGCAGGUGGUCAUACACGGGCAGGGAGGACACGAUGAGCACAGGCACAGGGAGGAUGAGGAGAGCCUCCGGAACAAGAUCCGUGCGGAUCACGAGCGAGCGCUGCAGGAGGCCAAGGAGAAGCUGCGGAAGUCACGCGAGGAGCUUCAGGCUGAGAUCCAGACGGAGAAGAGCAAGGUGGCGGAGGACCUGAAGAAGAAGGAGGCGGGGCCGAAGUCUCUGCCGCCUGUGCCCAUGCCCAAGGUGGUGGGUGUCGGCGACGGCGAGCCUCUGGAGCCCGAUGUCAAAGAGAAACGCGACAAGAUUCGAGAGAUGACGAAGCACGCGUGGGACAGCUACCGGCAGUACGGCUGGGGUCACAACGAGCUGAAGCCCCUCGCCAAGAAAGGACAUUCUACAAAUAUCUUUGGCAAUUCCCAGCUCGGAGCGACCAUUGUGGACGCCUUGGACACCCUGUACAUCAUGGGCCUGCACGAGGAGUUCAAGGACGGACAGGAGUGGAUCGAACAGAAUCUGGACUUCAGCGUGAAUGCCGAGGUGUCCGUGUUUGAGGUCAACAUCCGCUUUAUCGGAGGCCUUCUGGCAGCCUACUACCUGUCCGGGCAGGAGAUGUUUAAGCUGAAGGCGGUCCAGCUGGCUGAGAAGCUCCUCCCUGCCUUCAACACCCCCACAGGGAUCCCCUGGGCCAUGGUCAACCUGAAGAGCGGCGUUGGGCGGAAUUGGGGUUGGGCGUCCGCCGGCAGCAGCAUCCUGGCCGAGUUUGGAACGCUGCACAUGGAGUUUGUCCACCUGACCUACCUGACGGGAAACCCAGUCUACUACCAGAAGGUGAUGCACAUUCGAAAGCUGCUAGCCAAAAUGGACCGUCCCAAUGGGCUGUACCCUAACUACCUGAACCCCCGCACCGGCCGCUGGGGCCAACAUCACACGUCGGUCGGGGGUCUGGGGGACAGCUUUUACGAGUACCUGCUGAAGGCGUGGCUCAUGUCGGACAAAACGGACACGGAGGCCCGCAAGACGUAUGACGACGCCAUCGAGGCCAUCGAGCGCCACCUCGUACGCAAGUCCAACGGCGGCCUGACGUUUAUCGGCGAGUGGAAGAACGGCCACCUGGAGAGGAAGAUGGGUCACCUGGCGUGCUUCGCCGGCGGCAUGUUCGCAUUGGGCGCCGACGGCUCGCCCGACGACAAGGCGGGGCACUGGCUGCAGCUGGGUGCCGAGAUAGCCCACACCUGCCACGAAUCCUACGACAGGACAGUGGUGAAGCUGGGCCCCGAGGCCUUCAAGUUCGACAGCGGCCUGGAGGCGGUGGCUGUGCGUCAGAACGAGAAGUACUACAUCCUGCGGCCGGAGGUCAUCGAGACGUACUGGUACAUGUGGAGGUUCACCCACGACCCCAAGUACCGCCAGUGGGGCUGGGAAGCGGCACAGGCCAUAGAUAAGUACUGCAGGGUGAGCGGUGGCUUCUCAGGGGUGAAGGACGUCUACUCUUCCAACCCGACUUACGACGACGUGCAGCAGAGCUUCUUCCUGGCCGAGACACUCAAGUAUCUCUACCUGCUCUUCUCCAAUGAUGACCUGAUGUCCUUUGAAAGCUGGGUCUUCAACACGGAGGCCCACCCGCUUCCCGUCCUGCACCUGGGCAACAUCACCUUGCCGGGCAGCGAGCCGGCUCAGCGGUAAAAGGGCGGGGCCGGACCGACUCCCGUCCCUGCCCCUCCAUCAGCACUGGACGACAGAGCGGGCGAGAACUCCCUGGAACGCUUUCUGGACGUCCUGGAGAGACCUUUGCUCCGAAGGGACGGAACGUGUACUUUUCCUUCUCAUUUCCAGUGGGAUUUUGGACAUCGGAGCAAACUCUUUAAGGAAUGUCUUGUACGUGAGGACACCCCCCAGUCACAUGAGCUGCCACAAACCUGGGGGCAGGGCCAAAGCUGCAGCUAUCUCCUUUUUUUUUUCUUUUCGAGAGACGUGGCUCAUUCUAAGUGGACCAGUUCUUCAAACAAGCUACAUCAAC